UUGCUUGUCAUUCAUUAAAAGUAAGCCACUUAGGUUGUCACAUCUUAUUUCGUUAAAAAUGUCUAACAAAAUCGUUGAAUAUUUAGGAGGAACUGUAAAGGGCAAUAAUGGGUCCAACUUUGUCAGCACGGAAUCAUUUAUCGGUAGUGGAAAAGUUGUUGGUUUAUAUUUCUCUGCUCAUUGGUGUCCACCCUGUCGAAGCUUCACACCAGAAUUAGCCAGAAAAUAUGCAAAAUAUAAACAGCAGUACCCAUCAUUUGAGAUUGUGUUUGUCAGUUCAGAUAGAAGUGAAAACGAUUUUGACUCCUACUUCAGUGAAAUGCCAUGGUUAGCUCUGCCAUUUAACGAAGAAGGAAAGAAGAAUAAACUCAUGGCACAAUUUGGAGUAAGAGGUAUACCAGCAUUGGUUAUUUUAAAUGGCGAGACGGGAAAAGUUAUAUCAAAAGAUGGUCGUGCAGACACAGCGAGUGAGACCUUUCCAACAAGAUGGAAAAUACAAUGAUGCCUUUUAUAGUAUACUCGUGCUGAUAAAUUUAUGUGUUAAUUUACAGUCAAUCACCAUGUUCCAUAAUGUAAAACGCACACACAUAUCUACAUAUGAUUUUAAUACAUAGACAGUAUGACUUGGUUAAAAUAAUAAAUUAUACAUCGAUAA